GGUAAAUAGUUUGAGAUCCUUACCAGUGAGAUAGAGUACAACCGCAUGCUGAAAGCCAUCAGAGAUGUGUUUGUGAGACCCCUCAAGUCAGCAUUGUCGUCUAACAGAGCCAUCAUCAGUGCACAGAACGUGCAGAUUAUAUUCAGCGACGUAUUGCAGAUAUUUGAAACAAGCCGAAUCCUGACAGAAGACCUGAAGAACCGCCUGGCUGAUUGGCAGUUCCAGCACACGUGUAUCGGGGACAUCUUCGUCAAGUUGUGCAUGCGCCUCAAGUCUUACACCAACUUGGUGAACAACAUGGAGGUGAUCCUACGCUGCGUCGAGCGCUGCACGGAGCAAUCUCCAGCCUUCCGCAUGUUCCUACAGCGGCGACACAGGAUACCCGAAACCAAGAUGUUGACUCUUCCGGAGCUGCUGCUGCAGCCGAUGCGGCGAAUCGCGGAGUACGUGACACUGUUGAGUUGGUUCGAGCUGAACACGCCGCACACCCACCCUGAUCGCGAGGACCUCGCCAAUGCCGUCGCCACGCUAACCGAACUCAACCGUGGAAUCAGGGAGUGCAAGUUGAGAAUAGAGCGAGCACAUCAGUUAGUAAUGUGGACGAAGAAGAUCAUCAACUGCCCGGCUCUGUUGGAGGCGAACCGCUACCUGGUCAAACACCAAGACGCCGCCCACCUGAAGCCACCCGAAGAUUCGGUUGUUCCUGAAAACAGGGUGUACCAACACAUUGGAAUGUUUGGAAUGUUUCUCUUCAAUGAUGCUCUCCUGAUCACGCGCAGGACGUCGAAACACAUACCCUUCAGCCGAGCGGUGGAAAGCCUCUACAAGUUUGAAGCGAGUGUCGGCCUGGCAAGACUUGUUAUCUCCGACAUCCCAGACUCAAAAUAUGUGAAAAAUGCAUUCAGGAUGGAGACUCCAAAAAGAGAAUGGGUUUGCUCAACAGAGACACCCGAGCAGAAACUAAACUGGAUUAGUGUUAUGGAGCAGACCAUCCGUGGAGUGGUUGUUGGGUAGUAGAGGAGAGUCUGGUAUUGUUCGCCUGUCGGUUGGAGGUAGUACUGUCCGAGUACACACAGAUCAAACAGAUGUCACCAUAUCACACAGACUUUCUAUCUGUACUGUAUCACAUAGAUCAAAAACUUCACAUAGACUUUCUGUCUGUACUGUAUCACAUAGAUCAAACAGAUGUCUCCAUAUCACAUGGACUUUCUAUCUGUACUGUAUCACAUAGAUCAAACACUCCACAUAGACUUUCUAUCUGUACUGUAUCACAGAUCAAAAAUUUCACAUAGACUUUCUAUCUGUACUGUAUCACAUAGAUCAAACAGAUGUCUCCAUAUCACACAGACUUUCUAUCUGUACUGUAUCACAUAGAUCAAACACUUCACGCAGACUUUCUAUCUGUACUGUAUCACAUAGAUCAAACAUUUCACAUACAUGUAGACUUUCUAUCUGUAUUAUAUCACAUAGAUCAAACAUUUCACAUAGAUUUUCUAUCUGUACUGUAUCACAUAAAUCAAACAGAUGUGUCCACAUUACAUGGACUUUACUAUACAGGAUUUUCUUUCUUUAUUCAAAUGUAUCAAUACUUUUUCACAUUGUCUAAUAUUCUGUCCUUUUCUCCUGUUUUAUUAUUUUAUUUUUUAUUUUUUUUUACAUUUGAGAAUGUUUUCAUUGCAGUUAACUGUGAUUCACAGGAGUUUUUUGUAAAGAAAUACAUCAUUUUUGUAAAAGAAUGUGUAAUGUUUAGGCUGCAAAGUAAAUAACAUUGCUGUUAUAAGCAGAUCAGUAUACAUACAGAUUUAGUGUUCAGGACACAGUACUGAGUUGUCAUUUUGUUAUAUUCAAAUUAGGAUGUGGACACUUCUAGCCUUGAAUCAUUAGAAAUAUUGUUCGACUGUAAGAACUGUUCUAUAAAAUGGUAUACUAGUAAAAGCAGACUGGGGAUUCCCCCAUUUGUUUCUCGCCCAUGUAAGAGUUGAUGUGUUGUAGAUAAAUAUUGUCUACCACGUUGAAGAUAACUGAUGAGACUGGGGAUUCCCCCAUUUGUUGCUCGCCCGUGUAAGAGGUGACCUGUUGUCGAUAAAUAUUGUCUCCCACAUGUUGAAGAUAACUGUUGAGACUGGGGAUUCCCCUAUUUGUUUCUCGCCCGUGUAAGAGGUGACCUGUUGUAGAUAAAUAUGUCUCCCACAUGUUGAAGAUAACUGUUGAGACUGGGAAUUCCCCCAUUUGUUUCUCACCCGUGUAAGAGGUGACCUGUUGUAGAUAAAUAUUGUCUCCCACAUGUUAAACAUAACUGUUGAGACUGGGGAUUCCCCCAUUUGUUUCUCACCCGUGUAAGAGGUGACCUGUUGUAGAUAAAUAUUGUCUCCCACAUGUUAAACAUAACUGUUGAGACUGGGGAUUCCCCCAUUUGUUUCUCACCCGUGUAAGAGGUGACCUGUUGUAGAUAAAUAUUGUCUCCCACAUGUUGAAGAUAACUGUUGAGAUUUGUGACUGGCCACCAGAGCCAUUCCAUUCAGUAAAAUAAUGUCAUCUGAAAUUGAUUGUUCCGUGACCUGUAAGUUACCCAGUAACCUGAAAGUGAUUACUGUGUGACACAUAAAUGAACUGCAGUUUGAGUACAGUAAAUAGGUUUUACCUGUAGUUGGAAAAGAUGUGUAACUUUAUUUUUAAAGCUGAUUUUUGAAGAUGUUUAGGAAAUAGAAUACUACAUUCAUAUCCAUUAGAUACUAGUUAUCUUACAACUUGCUUUCACUCAUUAGAUAUGUUUUUGAAACAAAUCAUUGUAAUAUAAAUGGUAUCUAAUGGCCAACUAUUCUGUAUAGCUCAGUUGGUAGUUGACAUAUCUCUUGGACAGAGUCUCUCUUGUUUGAUUGUGCUCAGUGGAACGUGAUUCUCUCUUACAUCACCAUACUGUUACAUUGUUUUAGCCAUUGAAAUAGCUUGUACUUUAUUCAUUACUGUUGUGUUACAUUUGUUAUGUUAAAUUAUGUUAAUUUAUUCCACCGUCUGUGAUAUAAUAUAAAGUAUUUACAUGUAUCUGUGAUAUCAAGCACUCAGUGUCACAUGCUAAUAUAUAUAAUACUAGCAGACAACGAAUUGUUACACGUUUGUUUAUUGUUGAAAUCUUCACAUUCCUUGUACUGGUUAUGAAAUCCUAGAUCUGUCUCAGACUGAUCCUGCACAUUGAUGAAUGCAUAUUGCUGCACUUUGUUAAUUCCACCAGAUAAUCGUGGACAUGGUGAUCAUCCGGAGAGCUGUGAACACUAACAGUUGUCAUACAGCCUGCGUGCCUCCUGGUUUUCUUGUGACAGCAUUCGGUGUGACUCAUUUACAUAAUAUUGAAACAGAACUACACCACUUUGUCCUGGCCACUAGUGGAUUAGCCAAGAUUUUAUAUUGGGAUUGGGGGUUACCCAUGCUCUCUGAGUCAUGGGGUGACUGGCAAAUUACAAAACUGGUGGUGUGUGGUUUUUUUGCUAGGGUGUUGUUUCACAGUCAUUCAUUCAUUCAUUCCAACAACGGGAAAAUCCAAACAAAACAAAAAGAAAAUCAUAACAUUAUCAUUCAUAAGUGGAUUGGGUUUGAGAUGAUUUAAAGAGCUUUGUUAUCAAAUUUGGCUUGUGAGCAACUAGAAGUAACCAUAUAUUCAAAACAAUCACUUUGGCCAUUUGGUGUGUCAGCUGUGUGGGUUAACCAAUUGGUCCAAAAGGGUUAGUCGAAAAAUGACUAUUGAUUUGAAAUGUCCCAUUUGAUAACAUAUUACAUGUUUUGUUAUUUGUGUCAGUUCCAACUUGGGAUUUUUAAAACAUUUAUUUUAGGUUAUGUUUUUUUUCUCUAGUAAUUUAAAUACAUUGUAAAUGUAUAUUAUAUUACUUCAAUUUACAACAGAUAUGUACAUAUAUCUAACUGUAUAUUAUAUUACUUCAAUUUACUACAGAUAUGUAUACAUAUCUAACUGUAUAUUAUAUUACUUCAAUUUAUAACAGAUAUGUACACAUAUCUAUCUGUAUAUUAUAUUACUUCAAUUUACAACAGAUAUGUACACAUAUCUAUCUGUAUAUUAUAUUACUUCAAUGUACACAUAUCUAUCUGUAUAUUAUAUUACUUCAAUGUACACAUAUCUAUCUGUAUAUUAUAUUACUUCAAUUUACAACAGAUAUGUACACAUAUUCAUGUCUUUACCUUUCACACUUUAUAAUUAUGUGUUUUCAUUAAUACAUGUACAUGAAUUUUAAUACUUAGUAUGUAAAUAAAAUGCUGUACUUAAUUGUUCAAUAUUUGACUUUCAUUCUGUUUAAUUGUACAGUUUUUGUACAUUUAUACAGUUAUUGUUUAUUAUACAAUUUGAUAUGUAAGUCUUAAGUUAAUCAUUGAUGACUAUAUAUGAUCUGUUGCUUUCUACAGUUGUUCCAUAGUUAUGUAUAUAAUUACUAGUCCUUUAUUUAUAUAUUUUAUUUACUAUUCACUUUAUUAUAUAUAUAUUGUUUUUAGUUUUUAAUUCUAUAAAUACUAGGUUGAAUGGACCUUAAGUAGUGUCUUGAACGAGUUAUUAUGAAAUGAAAACACCAAAUAGCAUUGGCAGUUAUGUUCCUAUAACAGUAUACUGAUAGACACACUCACUCGUGAAUCCCUUUAUGUUCCUAUAACAGUAUACUGAUAGACACACUCGUGAAUCCCUUUAUGUUCCUAUAACAAUAUACUGAUAGACACACUCAUGAAUCCCUUUCAAGACAGUUAUGUCAUGAUCUUUUCAUUUCAUCUUAUUUUUAUGCUUCUAUCACACUUCUAUGAGUCACACUGUCCUGGGCACACACCUCAGCUAUCAGGGCUCUCUGUCCAGCUAUUAUUGUUUAAUGAGGAAGAAGUUGGUGUAGUGGCCGUACAUCUCCCUGUUGAGCUAUUUAUGGGUGAAAGCCAGUAUCUGGGUGUGAACCAGUGCGUGCCAGCCUUAAUAGCUACUAGCUUUAAGGCCAAUGGCUUUGUCACUACACCAUCAUGAUCGAGGCUGGUCAUCAUGAACACACAAAGAGUGGACAUGUCAGUGCCAUCAUAAUUGGUGACAUAAGAAGGUGGCAUGUCCAAACCAUUUUAGAUAUAGUUUGUUAUUGAAACCUGUCAUAUAUAGAUUACCACUUAUUUAUGUCUCUCAUGAAAUAAUUUUGUCACAAGCUUAGUGAGUGACAACUAAAAGUUAUUUCAUGAGGUACAUAAAUUUUAUAAUAACUGGUAUCGUGUUUGUUAAUCCAUUUAUUACCAUAGCUGGGUUUUUUGUCUCUUAAUACUCUUUAUCAAUAUCCUUACAUUUAGGCCUAUAUAGAAAUGAUGUAAACCACUUAAUACACUGUUGAAGUAUUGCUAUAACUUGUAUUUUAUUUAUGUUCACAGAUAAUUGUCAAAAAUAAAAGAUCUAUUAAUUGUUUUGUUCAAAAAAUCCCCAAUGAAAUUAUGAAAACUAUUUCCCCACUGUGACUGAUCAGUAGGGUAAUAAAUAACAAUAUCAACUCAGUAUGGGCUCAUCUCUGCAUAUUUUCCAUUGUUUUUGUUUUGUAUGCGUUUCAAUCUUUGUAGAAACUUGUCUGAAUAUGUGUAAGAGUCUUAGACCACAGCUGGGUAACUUGUACAGAAUGUGUUUCAUUGAGAAAGAAAACAAAUAAAUACAUGUCUGUAAAAUAUAGCACUGUGGAUUGGGGGCCUUAUUGAAUUGACCUGUUCAGUUUAUCAUGUUCAUAUGUAGUUUUAAAUUACAUUUAUCAUAUGAAAGUGAUGAUGUAGUUCAUUUACUGUGAAAUGGUCAAAUAAAAACGUUACUCAUUUUUUA